CCUGUCGCCCGAGAACGACGUGGAACUGGCGCGGGUCCACGGAAGCUAUGGCUCGCCCCUCGCCGGGCUCGCCGCCGCGCUCGACAUGCAAGACGCCAUCAUGAAACAUCUGAAACGCAUCGCCACCAUGCAGGGCGACAUGCCCGUCGACGACAUCGACUCCCUCAUUCCGGAGGCAGCGUUGCACAACCUGCAGCAGCAACAGCGGAAAUGUGAGUGGAUUGACUUGGCCGACGCUUUACGAGGCCCGGCACACGUGGCCAAGAUGCUCGUUCGACGCUGCCAGGAGCGACGCUCCGCGCCGACGCGGCCCUACAUACUCAACGACGAGCAGCUCCAGUGCAUUGCCCUUUUCGUGACCCGCCUGGAGCAGGCCUUCCUCGAGCGCCUCGAUCCGAGCAGACCGUGGCUCCAUCCAUCUCGCGCCCUAAUGGCCAUGAUCAUGGGCGGCGGGGGUGGCUGCGGCAAGACGACCUUGAGCGCCGAGAUCUUGCUGCCCUUGCUCGAGGCGUUCUUCCACCCCGAGGGGGUCUUACGACGUGCCCCUUCGAACAAACCCGCUCGACUGAUCGGCGGUCGCGCCGUGCGCUCUGGCCGGGGGCUGGCGUCCGAGAGCUCCAUGCGAACGCGCGCGUUGGCCUUGAACGCGCAGGCUCGCCAAAAACCUGCCGUCACCCACGUCGACGCAGGCGACUUGCAUGUCGACGAGUACUCGCAACAACAAGGCGAGCUCAACCGCGCCGGGGCUCCACGAACCACGUGCGCCCGCGAAGCAAAAUGCGGCUUGAACAAGGACGUGUGCUUCAAGCCUCAGGAGCGGUGGGGGCGCUUACCUGUUGCGGUCUACUCUGGCGACCACUUGCAGCUACCACUGGCGCCAGCCUCGCCCAGCAUGCUGGCACCGCUUGAGGGCGCUGCGAACGAGCGCAAAGUCGGGGCCAUGCGCUGCACCGACCACGCACUCAUCGACAUUCUGAACACCGUGCGGGUGCCUGGCGGCAGGGCCCUCACGGAGCAACAGUGGCAGGCCCUCAAGAACACCGAAAUCAGUGCUGAACAGCCUGACAUCCCAGCGUCGUGGUACCACUCGUGCUACUGCUGGAGCGUCAUCAGCAUGGCCGCGUUCAUGCUCGCACGGCAGUCCGCCCGUGAGCAUCCAGAAAACGAGGCGCCUUCCACGGUGGUGCUCUUCCAUUACGGCAUGCGAGUACGGCUCACGACCACGAUCCAACAACCUUUUGCUGUGCAGGACGUCGAGGGCACUGUUGUCGGUUUUGACCUGGACCCCGCCGACCUCGCCACGGAAACCAAGCUUCGGUCACCAUCCGCCUCGCACACCGCGGAAUUCGCAUGUCCUCUCAUGCCGAAGGCUAUUUACGUGAAGCUUGAUGACUGCGAUCUCCAGCCCUUGCCACCAACCAUGUGUCCGGAGCAUCCCGAGCGCAGCUCAACGUGCACUCGCUGCACCAGUGCUGCACAGCCUGGCGCCAUGGCCAUCUGGCCUAGGCCGCGCACGCUCAAACACAGCUACUCACCCACGGAGAAAACCAAAUACGUCAUAGUCUCACGGGCACAGAUGCCGCUGAUGCCGGCGGCGGCCGUCUCGCUUUACUCGAUGCAGGGCACUGCGGCAGAUCCCGGUCUGGUGGCCUACUGGUUCUCCCUGCGGCGAUGCUCCGACGCCAUCCGAUGGCUGAUCGUCUACGUCAUGCUCUCACGGCCUCGCUCACUUGCCACCCUCAAGUCCGUGAAUUUGACGAGGCAGAUCCGCGGCGUCAUAGAACGGGGUCCGCCCGAG